AUGGCUACCGAGCGGGUCAAUUCCAUUUUGAAGCACCUGUCCCCUAGCUCACCUUUAGCUACCAUCACCUCAAAGAACCCCGACGAUGUAGUCAUCACGCUCGCGAUCCGGACGCCGCUUUGUAAAGGCAAGAAGGGCGGCUUCAAGGAUACGUCCGUCGAGUACCUCAUGUAUGCCAUCUUGAAGGCCACUCGAGAACGUCUAGGAUUCUCACCAGAUCUCGUAGAGGAUAUCUGCAUGGGUAAUGUCUCGGACAGCAAAGCAGCCUACAAGGCCCGUGCCGCGGCCCUCGCUGCCGGAUUCCCCAAUACGACGAGCGCCUCAUCCGUAAACCGAUUUUGCUCCUCUGGUCUAAAGGCCACAGCCGAUAUUGCCAACCAAAUCUCUGCAGGCUCGAUCGAGGUCGGUAUCGCUGCUGGUACCGAGUCCAUGACUGUGGGAGGCGAUAGUCUUGAACAACCUUUCGACGAAGAAGUGACUAAGCAUAGCCAAGAAGCCAUCGACUGUAUGAUGGCCAUGGGCUGGACGAGUGAGAAUGUGGCAAAGGAUUUUGGGUUGUCCCGUGAGGUUGUCGAUGAGUAUGCGGCCGAGAGUUUCAGGCGGGCUGAGCUGGCUCAAAAGGCUGGCUUUUUCGACGAUGAGAUCGUGCCUAUCACUACCAAAGUGAAGGGGCCCGACGGUGAGCUGAAGACGGUUACUUUAACGAAAGAUGAAGGUAUUCGACCGGGGACGACGGCUGCUGGGUUGGGCAAAAUCCGGAAUGCAUUCCCUCAAUGGGGUCCCAUCACCACCGGAGGCAAUGCCAGCCAGGUCACCGACGGCGCCGCGGCAGUAGUGCUCAUGAAACGUUCAAAGGCCACUGAGCUCGGUUUGCCGAUCAUGGCCAAAUACGUCGGGUCGACUGUUGCGGGUCUGGCUCCUAGGAUCAUGGGUAUCGGUCCAACCGUAGCGAUCCCAAAGUUACUUAAGCAGCACAACAUUACUCUCGAUGAUGUUGACGUUGUAGAGAUUAAUGAGGCGUUCGGAACAAUGGCCGUCUACUGCAGGGAAUACCUCAAAUUGGACUGGGCCAAGAUGAAUCCUCGAGGAGGCGCCAUCGCGCUUGGUCACCCUCUCGGCACGACAGGCGCCCGGCAGAUCGUCACUGGUCUAAGCGAGCUUAGGCGGACCAAAAAGAAGAUUCUGUUGACGAGUAUGUGCAUCGGAACGGGAAUGGGCAUGGCUGGCCUAUUCGUUAACGAGCAAUGA